UGACCAUUGCCAAAAGUAUUGCAUCUGAAAUGGGUGUAGAGCCAUCAUUUUCAGUGAAGCGCAAGGCUCAAAGGAAGAAACAUUUUGAUGAAAUUGACACCAAUGAAGAAAUUCUACAAGCUGAGAAGGCUUUUGAGGUCAAUUACUUCUUGGUCGUGGUUGAUAUGGCAAACACCUCAUUGAAAAGUAGAUUUGAAGAACUACAAACAUUCAAAAGUAUAUUUGGGUUUUUACUUAGCUCAACAACUUUGAAGUCACUAAAUGAUACUGAAUUAGAAGAUUGUUGCACCAAAUUUGCGAAAACAUUCUCUUCGCAUGACACAUCUGAUGUGGAGGUAAAUGAUCUAAUAUCUGAGUUGAAGGUUUUGAAGCUAAGUUUGCCGGAAAGGCCAAUGUCUUCUAUGGACAUUUUUGAAAAGAAGCUUUUCAAAGUUGAAACUGUUGAAGAAUUAUUUAAGAUCUACGAUGUCUCAACAACGGCUGAACGGGCUUGCCACUUUAUGUAUUGAGAAGAAAUUAUUAGACGAGGUUGACAGCAACACCAUCAUCAACGACUUCGCAUCAAGAAAUGUUAGAAGAAAUUUUUGAAGGUAAUAUGUAAUAAUUAUUUGAAGUGAAUUUCUUUUGAUAUGCUAUUAGUUUUUUGCUGGAUGAAACUUAUUAUAAAAUGGAAGGAAAAAAUAUAUAAAUAGGGCCUCAACUUUUAGUCUCGCCCCGGGUCUUUG